AUGUCCUCCCAAACCCCAUCCCCCGACCAUCCCGCCUUCCUCCGCCUCCCGCCCUGGGUGAAAUCCAAGCUCCGCCCCUUCGCCAUCCCCAUCAUCCAGAAAGUCCACGACUGGGUUGAGACAGAAUGCAUCCCCGCGGAGCCCGUGAUGCGGGCGCAGCUAGCCCAGGACCGGUGGAAGACGCCCAAGCUGAUGCAUGAGCUGCGCAAGAAGGCGAAGAGCUUGGGACUGUUUAAUCUGUUUCUGCCGAAUCACUUUGAGGAGAGUCCGGGGUUGACGAAUCUGGAGUAUGCGUGCUGUGCGGAGAUUAUGGGGCGGUGUUAUUGGGCUGCGCAGACAAUGAACUGCCACGCGCCCGAGACCGGCAACAUCGAGCUUCUCGCUAAAUACUGCACCCCCGCCCAAAAAGAGCAAUGGCUGAAACCUCUCAUGGAAGGCACCAUGUGUUCGGCCUACUCAAUGACGGAGCCCGACCGCGCCUCCUCCGACGCGACCAACAUCGGCUGCUCCCUCCGCAUCGAGGGCGACGAGUGCAUCAUCAACGGGCGCAAGCUCUACGGCAAUGCGCAGUGGAACCCAGAGCUGGGUUUCUACAUCCUGAUGGCAUGCUCGGACCCCGAGAACCCGAAUCCCUGGAACCGGCACACGACGGUGAUCGUGCCCGCGCGCUCCAAGGGGCUAACCAUGACGCGCAACCUCACCAUCAUGGGCUACGACCACGCGCCCGAAGGGCACGGCGAAUACAUCUACGAAGACGUACGCGUCCCAGCCGCCAACAUAAUCCUCGGGCCCGGCCGCGCCUUCGAAAUCGCACAGGGCCGGCUCGGCCCGGGACGCAUCCACCACUGCAUGCGGCUCAUCGGGCAAUCCGAGCGCGCCUACGAGCUCGCGCUGAUCCACGCCAUCGACCCUGCCAAGAAACCCCGCGGCAAGCUCAUCGGCGCCUUCGACAGCAACAUCGAGCGCAUUGCCGACAUGCGCAUGGGGAUCGACAGCAUGCGGCUCGUCGUGCUGAACGCAGCCGACACGAUGGACAUCCACGGCAACAAAGCAGGGAAAUACGCCAUUGCGCAGAGCAAGAUCCUCGUGCCGAUCCAGGCGGCCAGGAUCAUCGACGAGUGCAUGCAGAUGUUUGGCGGGCAGGGUCUUACGCAGCAUACGCCGCUGCCGGAGAUGUGGACGUAUGCGCGGUUUGUGAGGGUCGCGGAUGGGCCGGAUGCUGCGCAUAGGCAUCAGGUGGGACGGGAUGCGCUGAAGGCUGCGGAGGGGUUUAGGGAGAGGCAUAAAAAAUACAAUGAGAGGCACGCGGAGAUUUGCAGAGCUUGGGGUGUUGAUCCGGGUUUGGGAGGGAGGGCGAUUGAGGACUUGUUGUAG